UAGGCCAAAUUUUGGAUAUAAUAAAAUCCCGGAGGCGCGCAAGAAUCGGGGGUUUCUCGUGGCCAUGGAGACCCCAAAACCCUACCCGCGUUCGAAUCCUAUGCUAUUCGUUUCCUCUUCCGUCCACCAUCACUGUACCAGACUAGGAGCCGAGCUUUCUAAUCGACUCGAAGAGGCCAAACGCUUUGCUGGAACCUUCGCCAGAAGAUGGCCGGCGGAGGCUAAUUGGCGUUCCUUUCCUACUCCACCUUUUGCGUCCCUUGCGCAGCACACUAAUGCAUUGGCUGCCACUCUUAGCUCCGAUCAAGUGGCUAAGUCCCUCGUCGGAACGGCGGUCUACACUGUUAGCAAUUCUAACAACGAGUUUGUGCUCAUUUCUGAUCCUAAUGGUGUCAAGUCAAUUGGGUUGCUUUGCUUCCGCAUGGAAGACGCCGAGACCUUUUUGGCUCAGGUCCGAUCGAGGAAAAGAGAACUGAGAAGUAAUGCGAAGGUUGUCCCACUUACCCUUGACCAGGUAUAUAUGUUGAAAGUAGAAGGUAUUGCAUUCCGGUUUCUUCCAGAUCCUGUUCAGAUUAAGAAUGCUUUAGAGCUCAAAGCCUCGGAUUCCAGGAGCAGUUUUGAUGGAGUUCCUGUUUUUCAGUCUGACCUUCUGAUUGUGAAAAAGAAAAACAAGCGUUAUUGUCCUAUAUACUUUACUAAGGAAGAUAUAGAAAAGGAACUGUCGAAGGUCUCAAAGGCAUCAAGGGGAUUAGGAACUUCUCAACAUAUUAUGGUCGGUAGUUUGGAAGAUGUUCUUAAGAAAAUGGAGUUGAAUGAGAAGAACUCAGCCUGGGAAGAUCUAAUUUUUAUUCCACCUGGCAAAAGCCACUCUCAACACAUUCAAGAAGUGGGCAAAGCAUGACAUAGGCUGUGGACUCAGCCAACAGACCACGAAGGAGCAUGGAGAGCUGAUUCAGCUAACUAAGGUUAGAAAACAUUGGAAUUCUAUAAUAAUUGACCUCAUAGGAGAGCAAUAAUAUACUGUUAUAUUCUUUUAGAGCAAUAAUAAUUGUUUAGUGAUGACCUUGAUUUUAUCUUCAUUUUUAUAUGCUCCUAGUUGGAUUUAUAUAAUCCAUUUGCCUAACCCAAAUCUGUUGCUGUGGUAUAAUUAGAAUAAGCUUUAAGCAGUACAUAUUUCUGAGUGGAUGAAAUUGUUCACCCACUUUAGCAACAACGUCUUCACUCACCACGCAUUCAUCAACCACGCUAUACGUUCAAGGGAACAAAAAGUUUGAUACUCUCACAACCCUGUAGUCGUAUCUGCAUAUUGAGAUGAACGAAAGAGAUCAAUUCUGUGAGUACCAUCUUUUCUUCAAUAUCAUGGAUGUUUUUCAUCCAAUUUUAGAAACGCAUUUAUAUAUGUUUUAGAACAAUUUAUUUUGUUUGCUCAUGAGUAAGUUAUCCAAAAUUAUUAUUAUUAUUA